GCAAAAUUUCCUCUGGUGAGUGACGCAGAUGAAUUCAAUUUAGGAACAACAUAGUUGGAAAGAAAGAACAAUUUACCUGUUUUCUAUCUUAUUGAAACGUUGUAGCAUUGUUUGGUGGGUGCAAUCGUUGUUUUUCUUCUUCAAAAAAGUAUUCAGCAAGCAAUUAAGACAUGUCGGACAGCGAAGAUAGUAAUUUUUCCGAUAGGAAGGAAGCCCUCAGUGAUGCUGAAAGUUCGGAUAAUGACUCUGGCGGCCGUAGUCACAAAGCAGUAAACAAGAAAUCUCUGAAAAAAGACAAAUCCAAAAAGAAAAAGAAAAGGGAUAAGGGUGCAAAAAAAAGUAAACGCCACAGAGGCAGUGAUUCAGAAGAAGAAGAAGAUGACGAAGAAGUUGAAGAGGAAGAAGAAGAUGAAGAUGAAGAAGAAGUUAAUGGAGGGAGAAGAAAACGCAAGAAGAGUGAUAGAUUUGGUGGUUUCAUUCUGGAGGAAGCAGAAGUUGAUGAUGAGGUUGAAGAUGAAGAAGAAUGGGAAGAUGGAGCUGAGAACUAUGGUCUGGUAGGAAACGAAGUUGAUGAAAUGGGGCCCACAGCAAGAGAAAUUGAUGGGAGACGCAGACAACAGCAAAUGUGGGAUAGUUCAAAAGAAGAGGAAGUAGAAGAAUAUUUUCGAAAGAAAUAUGCAGAUGAAGCUACUGUUACUAGACACUUUGGAGAUGGUGGUGAAGAUAUGACUGAUGAAAUUACCCAGCAAACUUUGCUACCUGGAGUCAAAGAUCCAAAUCUGUGGAUGGUCAAGUGCAGAUUGGGAGAAGAGAAGCAAACAGUAUUUCAACUGAUGAGAAAAUUCAUUGCUUACCAAUUCACAGAAGAACCAUUGCAAAUCAAAUCAAUUGUGUCUCCUGAAGGCGUCAAAGGAUAUAUCUAUGUUGAAGCUUUCAAACAAACCCACGUUAAGCAGGCGAUUGACGGUAUUGGUAGCCUUCGCAUGGGUCUCUAUGCCCAGCAGAUGGUCCCAAUCAAGGAAAUGACCGAUGUUCUACGAGUUGUAAAAGAGCAGAGUGUAAUGAAGCCCAAAUCAUGGGUUCGUCUGAAGCGAGGCAUAUUCAAGGAUGAUAUUGCCCAAGUUGAUUAUGUGGAUGUAGCUCAAAAUCAGGUUCAUCUAAAAUUGAUCCCACGAAUUGACUAUAGCAGACCACGUGGAGCUCUACGAACUGCUCAAUCUGAUGCAGAAGCAAAGAAAAAACGCAAAAUUCGUCCACCGUUAAAACUUUUUGAUCUGGAAGCUAUCAGAGCAGUCGGCGGAGAAGUUACAAGUGAUGGCGAUUUCCUUAUUUUUGAGGGAAACCGAUACUCCCGUAAAGGUUUUCUUUACAAAAAUUUUUCUAUGACCGCGAUCCUUGCCGAUGGUGUUAAACCUACAUUGAUUGAACUCGAGCGUUUUGAAGAGGCUGUAGAAGGGGUUGACAUGGCCGUUCGAAUUGUAUCGGGUAAAGAAGAAGCAACCCAUAAUUUUGCUACAGGGGACGCCGUCGAAGUUUGUGAAGGUGAACUUAUUCAUCUCCGUGGAAAAAUUGUGGCCAUUGAUGGCAAUAAAAUCACGGUCAUGCCGAGACACGAAGAUCUCAAGGACCCCUUGGAGUUUCAGGCUCACGAGUUGAAAAAGUAUUUCUCAAUGGGUGACCAUGUUCGCGUCAUUGCCGGCCGCUACGAAAACGAUACAGGACUCAUUGUUCGUGUUGAGGACAACAUGGUUGUACUCUUUUCAGAUCUUACAAUGCAUGAACUCAAAGUUUUGCCCAGAGACCUACAGUUGUGCUCUGACAUGGCAACAGGAGUCGACUCCAUGGGCCAGUACCAGUGGGGUGAUCUGGUUCAACUUGACGCUCAGUCUGUUGGUGUUAUCGUUCGAUUGGAGCGGGAAAAUUUCCAAGUUCUAAAUAUGCACGGAAAAGUUGUAGCAGUCCGACCGCAAGCUCUACAACGUCGUAAGGAGAAUCGCCAAGCCGUAGCGUUGGAUUCCGAACAGAACACCAUACAACGAAAGGAUAUUGUUAAAGUGAUCGAUGGACCUCAUUCUGGUCGUCAAGGAGAAAUCCGUCAUCUUUAUCGCAACUUCGCGUUCCUUCACUCCCGAAUGAUGCUUGAGAAUGGUGGCAUAUUCGUUUGCAAAACUCGCCAUCUUGUAUUGGCCGGCGGUAGUAAAGGUGCUGCUUCAGGUUCACCAGCAGUAUCGAGUUUGGGCUACAUGUCACCCAGAAUUUCUUCACCCAUGCACCCGAGCGGAGGAGGAGGCGGGGGAGGAGGAGGAGGAGGUGGAAGAGGCGGUGGACGUGGAGGAGGAGGAGGUCGUGGAGGUGGGGGUGGUGGAUUUGGACGAGGUGGAAGAAUUGGGCGAGAUCGAGAUUUGAUUGGAAAGACCAUCAAAGUUACACAAGGUCCAUACAAAGGUCACAUCGGAAUUGUCAAGGACGCAACAGAUUCAACAGCCCGCGUCGAAUUACAUUCUAAAUGUCAAACAGUAUCCGUUGAUCGAACUCGAAUUGCCGUUGUUGGAGGACCCUCCAAAUCUGGCGCUGUUUCUACGUACAGCCAAACUCCUGCUUCACAGGCUGAAGGCCGUGAUACACCCAUGUAUGCUUCUGGAUCUCGUACUCCGAUGUAUGGAUCACAAACUCCACUGUACGAUGGUUCACGUACUCCUCACUAUGGUGGUAUGACACCUUCUCAUGAUGGAUCCCGUACACCUGGACAAUCCGGAGCAUGGGAUCCAACCGUUACCAAUACACCUGCUCGAUCGACCGACUAUGGAGAUUUGGACAAUUGGGAUGAUCAGUCUCCUUCGCCAGCCUAUAACCCGGCAACUCCUGGGUCAGCCUACCAUGUUGACACUCCACAAGGACCCUACACCCCUCACACACCAGGAACAUCCUACGGUUCAGAUCACACUUAUUCACCCUACCAACCCAGUCCGAGUCCGGCACCUUAUCAAGCCUCACCGAGUCCAUCCGGUUAUGCUCCGACUCCUAGCCCAAGUACUGGGUUGCCAUUCCAUCCAUCACCUGGAAUGGCUUCAAGUUAUACAUCGCCAUCUCCCAUGAGCUAUAGCCCUAUGACUCCUGGUGUAGCUCCGUCACCUCUCAAUCCUCAGACACCAGGGGCCGGAAUGGAUUCGUUGUCUUCUCAGGACUGGUAUACCACCGACAUAGAAGUACGUUUCAAGGAUUCGCAUAGUGAUGCGGGACUCUCGGGACAGAGUGGUAUCAUCCGUGGCAUAUCUGGUGGUAUGUGUUCUCUUUUCUUACCGGCCGAGGAUCGAGUUGUAACAGUUGCUGGGGAGUUAUUAGAGCCCAUCGUGCCAAAUCGGCGAGAUCGAGUCAAAAUCAUUUUGGGAGAAGAAAGAGAAAGCUGUGGCCAGUUGCUUUCAAUCGACCACCAAGAAGGCGUUGUUAAACUAGAAUCCGGCGAUGUUCGAAUGUUCCAGCUGCGGUACCUUUGCAAGAUGACGGCACGAUAAAAUGACCAGUUGCGUAUUUGCGGGCCCCGACUUUACUUGGAACAAACAAACAAAAUUCUUCACUUUCAUUUGGGCUAGAAAUUCACUGUAGCUUUGAUGAGUUAUAUUGACGAGGGAACUUCAUAAUGAAAUGCCAAUCGUUUUCAUGUAACUGCUUGAAAUAGUACGGAUGAAUACAUGAAGUUUUCGAAUACGGAUAA